AUGUCCGCACAGAAGUCGAUCCAGGAGAGAGCCAUAUCACCGCCCGGAUCGAGGAAGCGGAAACGUCCAAUCAGCGAGCCACACGGACAGAGCCUCAAAGUCUACAGUUGGAAUGUCAAUGGCAUUGGGCCCUUUCUACAGCCGUCAGUUGCAUCGUACUUCAAGGCUGCUGGUAGCAGUGGUGAUGCUGGCCAGAGCGCAGGCAAGGCGUCCCUGAGAGAUUUCCUCCGCCGCCGUGGUUGGCCGACCCUUCUUUUCGUACAAGAAGUCAAGAUUAAUCCUGACGAUGCUGCUACGAUUCGUGGCAUGGAGAAGGCCGUCAAAAGGCAGCCUGAUGAGCCGGACGAUGCUGCUGACUACGAAUCACACUUCUGUUUCCCCAGCGACAAACACAACGCUCGUGGGUUUGGCAGAAAAGUAUAUGGUGUCUGCAGCAUCAUACGCACAGACUUUCGCAAGCGUUACAUCGACAGAAUACGUCAAGUAGAUUGGGACACGGAAGGCCGGUUCCUCGUCAUUGAGACACGUGCAAACGCCGGCAUCCCGAAACUUGCACUCAUCAACGUCUACGCCGUUAACGGCACAGACAAUCCCUACAAGGACCCAACAUCAGGAGAAGUCAUCGGCACGCGCCACGAUCGGAAACUUCGGGUACACGAGCUGCUGCAGGCCGAGAUUCGGCAACUUGAAGCCGAUGGCUUCGGGGGGACGAUCGUUGCCGGUGAUGUAAACAUCGCCCGCACGCCGCUAGACGGGCAUCCCAAUCUACGUACCUUCCCAAAACAGCACUGCAUUAACCGCGCAGACUUCGAGGCGAGGUUUCUUGCGGACCCAUCGUUGCAGGCUCAACCUCCAUCCGCUUCUCGACCAGAGCAGACAUCAGAGGAAGAGCCGGAUGGCGAAGACGCUCCCUCAAACUCUACCGCUAGCAAACCAGCCAGCCUGGGCAUGGUAGACACCUUCCGCUCUCUCCACCCAACCCAGCGAAGCUAUACUUACUACCCGCGCACCAAGCCGUUCGGAGAGAGCUGCGACCGCGUCGACCUGAUCCUCAUCUCAAGAUCCCUUCAAAGCAACCUCAAAGCAGCUGGGAUGCAUGAGACUGUCCAAGAGCGCGGUCCAAGCGACCACGUACCCCUAUACGCGGAGCUGGAGUUCGGGCUAGAGCAGGAAGAAGAAGAAGCAGGAAGUAAUCGAUGA